AUGUCAUCCGGACCAACUGUGCUGCCAAGCGCUUUUGGCUCCCCCGCAACAAUUCCGGAUCGAGGCGGCGUGAUCCCCGGCAUGCAGCCCUCCGGCGCGCGCUCAAGUUGGGCGACCUCAUCUCAGAAUGGCAGACCCGUGUCGUAUAAUUCUCGAGGUGGCCGAGCACCGCUUCCAUAUAUAAAGGAUCUUCAAGACCAGGCUGCACAUUUGGAGCUUGACGAAGCAAGUCCGAUUUCUCUGCUCUUGAGCACCGCUGCUGUGAGUAUCCAGCAAUGCCAGAUUUUGCUUGAUGGCGAUCAAGUCGGACAGGCAUAUGUGCAAUAUCUCCGAGCUUCCGAAAUAGUUGUGAAUUUGAUCCCACGCCAUGCAGACUACCGUACGCUCCACGCACAACAUCCCAAGUUGUAUGCCCAAUUUCAAAAACUCAUGAUGUCUAUCAGCCAACAGCAGUCAGCGAUGGACACUAUAAAGCAGCAAAUCAUAGAAGAUAACCUGGCACGCAGCUUGCCAGGAAACGAAGCGGUCGGUACUAACAAUACGACUUCUUCAAGUACAUAUGUUGCAUAUAAGCCUUCAAACGGAGCGAUCAGGAUGCCCAGUCCGACAGACUUUCAGAGGGGUAGUACGUUGCAGCCGGACAGUGCUCUGAAAUUGAACGGCACCAUGUCGAGUCCGGAAGACAUACUUGCGCAACGUUUUGCCAGACUUCGAGCAAGUCAGGGCCCGGUACCCACGAACGGAUCCGCAGUCGCAGAUCAGACCMCCUCCGCCACAAGCAGGCCUUCAGCCGGAGUUGUAACUGAUUAUCCGCCUCGUCCAUCGCCGAAUUCGAUACCUACCACGAUGAGCAUGCCGCCCGGUCCUGGUUCUCCACGACCACUAGGUCCGCGUGCCAUGGGAACAUCUCAAUACGGCCCUGGUGUUCCCGCUAGAAAGCCCUUAGACACAGCGAAUGUAUCGCUUCCGCGAGCGCCCGACCCAGCUUACAGCCCUAUAUGGUCAGCUCCGUCGCAGCCACCACAGCCGAAUCCACCCCGGAAGUCAACCGAUAGCAUCCAGGCAACCAAUACAAGAUCCCGCACACCGAAUGGAUUUCACCUUGCGCAAGAAAACAAACCCACGUCUGCUGGCAUCCCCCAUAAUACAACAAUACGCGCGCAGCAAUUGCUUGAAUAUAUGCGGAAAUACAAUGUGCUUGUAAUAGAUGUGCGACCUCGUGAUUCAUACGAUAGUGGACACAUCUAUGCUCGAUCCAUUCUAUGUAUCGAGCCGGUAGUGUUGAAAGAGAACGUAUCGGCGGAGGAGCUGGAGGAGCGAUUGAUUGUGUCCCCAGAACAUGAACAGUCUCUGUUUGAACGAAGAAACGAAUUUGACUUGGUGGUAUAUUAUGAUCAAAACACCGAUUCUGUUAGCUAUCUGGCUGGAUCUCCGGUUGGCACUUCGGCGCCCCAUCUUAGGGCUCUUUACGACACCUUGUAUGAAUUCAACGCCUACAAACCUCUCAAAGACGGUAGACCACCGGCAUUGUUGGUGGGGGGAUUGGAUGCUUGGGAGGAUUUGGUUGGGUCACAAUCACUCGCAACAUCUUCCACUGCAGCAAUAAUGGGAUCAUUACAGACCAAGCGCGUCUCACAAAGGCCCGGACGUGCUUUUGGAAGAGUGCCGUCGGCAAGCGCGAAUUCGAGUCUGGAAAUCCGCAAGAGACGUCUCCGAGAAUUCACGCCACUCAACCAUGAAGAAUUGACUGCAUGGAUGGAGCGCGCCAAAAACGAGGAAAUCAAACCAGGUGCUUAUCAGGGAGACGAGGCAGGCAUACCAGAAGAAGAGGUCGAUGGCGAUGCAUUUACAGAAGAGCCUCCAACUCCGUUUGUCCAUACUUAUGAAGACUUCCUCAGACGAUUUCCGGAACCACAGGCUAUUCAACAAUCGAUGGUCGUGCCAGAGCCUAGGGCUCUUGUGUCCUCAGCGCCGAAUUAUGCUUCACCAAUUCCAGUAGCACCCUCGCGACCGCCUCCUACGAUACCUCGACCAAGCUAUGGAGGCGUUGCGGACGGGCGACAAAUACAGCCUACUCUUGCACGUCAAAACUCUGCAACAAAGACUGCCCUGUAUACGUCCAAUUCGUUCAUGACGAGACUGAAAUUACCGCGCACAGGACUGACCAAUUUUGGAGUCACUUGCUAUAUGAACUCGACGCUUCAGUGUCUAAGCUCGACGGCGGUUAUGAGCAAAUUUUUCAUUGACGAUCGUUUCAGAUACUACGUUCAGAAGAAUUGGAAGGGAUCACAGGGUGUUAUGCCUGGUCUGUAUGCCAACUUGAUUCGUUCGUUGUGGAAGAAUGAUGUUGAGGUAAUUAUACCGACUUCGUUCCGAAACUUUUGUGGUCGAAUGAACCGGGAGUGGGCCAUUGACCGUCAACAAGAUGCCAAAGAGUUUUUUGACUUUCUGGUGGAUUGUCUACAUGAAGACUUGAACAUCAACUGGCAAAGGACACAACUGCGGCCACUGACUUUUGAAGAGGAAAUGCAGCGUGAGCGGAUGCCUGUACCCAAAGUUUCAAAGAUUGAAUGGGAUCGGUACUGCCAUCGGGAAGAGUCAUUUAUUUCUUCCCUGUUUGCAGGGCAACACGCGAGUCGUCUCAAGUGCACAACUUGCAAGCGAACAUCGACGACCUACGAGGCAUUCUACAGUAUCAGCGUUGAAAUUCCACACACGGGUACUGGAGAUAUCUAUCAAUGUCUACGAAGUUAUUGUCAAGAGGAAAUGCUGAGCGGCGACGAAGUCUGGAAAUGCCCGUAUUGCAAAUGCGAGCGGGUGGCCACUAAGCAAAUCAUUAUUACUCGAGCUCCUCAAAUCUUGGUCAUCCAUCUGAAGCGAUUUUCGGCGUCAAAAACCCAAUCCGCCCGGAAGAUACAUACGCCUGUUGAUUUCCCGCUGCACGGCUUGCGUAUGGAUAAUUUCGUGAUUCCUUAUCCCGCUACCAAUCCUGAAACCGGCGAUUAUGUCAAUGGAAACGCAGGCGGCCAGACUCCUUCGUCAACGUCACUCUCACCUACAACGGCGCCAUUUACGUACGAUGCAUACGGCGUAUUGCGACACCUGGGCUCGACGCUUAGCGGAGGACACUAUAUUUCGCUUGUCAAGGACGCACAACGACAAUGCUGGCGCCGAUUCGACGACGAGCGCGUGUCAGACUUUAACCCACGCGAUCUCAGGUUUUCGGACCGUCUGCAGAACGAGCAGGCAUAUAUAUUAUUCUACGAACGUGUUCCGGCGAAAUGA